AGGCGGAAUCAAAAGUCUUUAUUUAUUCACAAUGAAGCUGGCAAUUUUAGGUCUUGCGUUUUUGGUGGCGGCUGCGCAGACCAAUUAUACGGAUCAUCCCAGAGGAUGCAUUUAUGAUGAUUCUGGACAUUGCAUGAGGGAGUGCGAAGAAGGCACCCACUCAUACGGCAGCGGCUGCGGCCCGGUCAUGUCGGAGCCCACCUGCGAGCAGCCCACCCCGAAGGUGGAGAGCGGGAACACCUGUGACUUCUCCGCGUGCUACUGCGACGCGCCCACCGUCCGGCACAAGGCUUCUAAGAAGUGUGUGAAACUGAAGGACUGCUAUAAGGUGGAAUAAAUGGGUGGGGAUUGGUUGAGUG